AUAAUGAUGAGAAGAAUCUAAUUGCACGUUCGUAAUGAAAAUAAGUUACAUCCAUAGGAUGUCUUUGGCUAGAUGAGAUUGGAAUGGUCGGAUGCAACGUUUGUCUCUCAAGAAGUCCACGGCUCAAAAACGCAUCCUGUUUUGUAUUAUAGGUUACCUAUCUUUUCUAUUAGUUAAUUGAUUAUAAAUCGUCUGCAAUGUAGAUUCAUCUUGUAUCAGUCCUGAGAAUUUCAAUUAUCAGGAGUGUUGAUCCUCUUCCGCUGAUUAAACCUUAAUUUCUUUAAUUCAACUUUUUCUGCUGCUGUUCUCAAUCAAAUCUCUGCUGAUUGAAGACUCAUGGAAUUCGACUGGGGUUGUGGUUACUGAUGGUUCUUGGUGCGAAGUUUGAUUUGAUCCUGAUGCUUCACUGCUAUGUCUUCACACAUAAUCAAGCAUUAUUCUCAGAUUUGAAAUUCGAUUUAAAUCACUUGAGCUAUUGGGAAUUUAGGUUUGCAAUUUCGUUUUGCGUUGAAACUUGAUUCUUCUACCUCGACUGCUUAAAUCAAAUCAACAUUGGUGUUAAGCAUCAAUAGAGGGCCUCCACAGAAUAACUUUCAGGUGGCUCCACAGAAUGCUAGUAGCUAUGGCAGCUUGGGAAGCCAUGGUAGUUAUAACGAAGGAGUUGGACUUGGCAGCAACUAUGGAAGUUAUGGCGAUGAUAGUUGUGUAUAUGCAUACUAUUCUCCUGUGGGUCCAUCUGUUCUGAACAUCCGUGCUCAGGGUGGUGGAGUGCCAAUCGCUGGAGCUAGCUCUGAUGCUAGAUGGAGAACUUCUCAACUUUCUCAUGGGAAUGGAGGACUUGGUGUCAGUCCAUCCGCAGGAAACUUUGGGCCGAUGUCUCUAGGUGUGAGUCCCUCACAGUUUACACCUCGUAAUCACCAUACUCAAGUUUCCACUGGAUCUUCAGGAAAGUUCGGCCCAACUUCCCCAGCAAGAGGAAGUGUUCAUGGAUCACCUUUAAGAAAAAUGGCUGCUGUUGGACACUUCAAUAAUAGGAGGAGAAGUUGGGGACAUCCUGGGUCCCACUCGUUACCCCCUCAAGAAAUACAGCGCACUGGCAAGGGCAUCAUACUGAUGGUGCCAGCUGUAGUUACGGUGAGGGAAGAUCUCGUGGGCAUACUAAUGGUUCUCCUCGGAAUAUGCAAUCAACCAGUAGUGUUCCUAAUUGGAGGCCUUUGAGAGGAAAUGCCAUAUUCAAUGCAGGAUUUUCAUCUGGCACUUCACAGUCUGUUCCUCAACUGAACUCCAACAUGCCAUAUCGCCCAAGCUUGGAGUCUACAAAUGAAAAGGCUGAAAUUAGUUCGCUACCUGAUCCUGGAGAUUGGGACCCCAAUUAUAGCGAAGAAUUACUCCUGCAAGAGGAUGGUCCUGAUGUGGGCUCUAUGGUUUCUGAAUUUACCAAUAUCAUGCGCAUUAGUCAUCCCCCAGAUCCUGCUGUUCCAGUUGCUGGCAUGGGAAGGUUUAACAACACCUACCAGACACAUAUGAACUCACAUAUACCCAAUCAAAGAAACUUCUUAACAAAUCAAGCAUUCCCUCAAGUAGAUGCGAGCUCCUCUUCAGCGCAUGAUAUGCAUGCGGGGCAUGGCCGUCCAAUUAUGUCUUCACAGUUCACACCUCAUUCCGCACAAAUCUCUCCUAGUCGUUUUGGGCAGCAUCCACCACCUUGUCAUCGAUCUAAUUAUGUGCCGCCAAAUUUUGCUCGUGGUGGUGAGUGGAAUCAUCAGAAGGUUCAGCCACCUCCAAUCUAUAACAAUGUUGGCUCACACUCUCUAGGCAAUAACACACUUCCUAACGGGUCGCCAUGGGGACUGAGGCCUGGGUAUCCAGUGACCAACAUUCCACCAGCAUCCAACUCAAGGAAGGAUUAUGGAAGGAUUGUUUGAUAGGAUAUAUAUGAAUAAUGAACUUGAUCUUUUUUUUUCCUUCUGAAAGUGGGGUUAUUGUGUAUUCAGCAGUGGAACUAAGUUUCUACAAGAAACCCUUCUGUGAACGUGGGGAUUGUGAUAAUUUGGGGGAAAUUAUUUUAGUGGUCCUAUGGAUCCAUCUAAGAUCUGUUGGAAAAUCUUCUUCUUGAUGGUGGUGACAGUGGUGUGUGGGGUGGGAUGGAUCCAUCUAAGAUCCAUUGUAAAAACUUCUUCUUGAUGGUGGUGACAGUGGUGUGGGGUGGGAUGGUGGUACAUGUAAAGCCAUUGUGCUAUUCACGGAAUACAUUCUAAAUUAUGGCAUCCAUGUCUAUCUCCAUUUUAGGCACUCUUCUUGUGAAGUUGGUCAACUUACUAAUUGAUCACCAAGGGGUGCUGGAUCUGUAAUCAGACUUCGUACUGAUUUUCAGCUAUUCACAUAUUAUUGAUUUGAAAGGAACAUUCUUCAAUAUAUUUAUUUUGCAAUUAAGGUGCACUUUUAU